AUGGCCAAUACUACUCCAACGAAAUCGUUACGACAAUCGGUACGAGACCAAUUGCAGUCGUUUGUGUCGACUCAAGAAGCAACGGGAGAUGCCCUUGCCGUGGAUGUAUGGCGGAUACUCCAAGAAGAAUCCAAGUUGCUCUACGAGACCCAAUGCAUUCGCGACAUGCUCGAUCAAGAUCCCUUUCAAUGCUAUGGCAAUAAUAAUGAUAUCAAAAAAGUCGUCCAACGAUUUCAACAAUGUCUCCAAGUUACCUCCUGUCAUCGACUGGAAAAAGAAGACGAUUAUUGUCUCUAUCAAGCGACGGUACAAAUCAAUACUGCCAAUAAUACUGCAGACGCCACCAUGAAGAAAUCCAACAACAAACCAUCCUCCCCCAUGCACAAGAAACCAAAACGACUACACGCCGCCACUACCUUUCAGCAGCAACUCCAUUUUCAUUACGAACGACAACCUGCCACCGAAACCACCGCCACGGCGAUUUGGUAUUCCAUUGAUGUUUCCAAAAACUAUGGACCCAAACAAAAUUUACUCACCAUUCGAUGUUGGGCGGAUGGAAACAAACCUUCUCGAUUGCCUGCUGUGUCCAUUGAAGAAGAAGCGGGAGAGGAUGACGAUGAUGAUUGGGAGGAUGUAUCAGAAGAAGAAGAAGAUGACAACGAGACAAAAUCAGAGUCAAAGCAGCCACCCAAGAAUGGAACAAAAUCUGCCCAGAAGACUACUGUGGAAUCAAACUCCAAAACAAAUGGAAACGAGGAGGAACCGAAAGAGAAAGACGAUAGAGACCGAUACGCCUGUUUUUUGGAUCCCGAUGUCUUGCAAUCCUUUCAAACUUGUGCCAACCUGACUGAAAUGGAUGAAGCCACCGCAUUCUUCACACUCAUGACCUUUCAAUUCUAUCAACAUGAAUGGGAUCUCGUGGGAUUUGUUCUCGACUCUGUCUUUGGAUACAAUGAUGAAGAAGAAGAAGGUGAGGGCGAAGAAGGCGAGACUUGA